GAAUCUUUUCGAACAUUGCUAUUUAGUGAGCUCGAGUGAUAAAAUUUUUACUCCUCAGUGUAAUUUUAAUUCUUAAAAAUGUUUUCGUGGCUUAAGAAAGAAAAAGAAUCUGCCGAAGUCGUGGAAACGGCUUUGAAUGAGAUGAAAAAGAUUUAUAAAACUAAGCUUUUGCCUUUAGAAGAGUACUAUUGUUUCCACGAAUUCCAUAGUCCCAAACUUGAAGACCCAGACUUUGAUGCAAAACCAAUGAUUCUUCUUGUGGGGCAAUAUUCAACAGGAAAAACAACCUUCAUUCGAUACUUACUUGAAAGAGAUUUUCCUGGCAUCCGUAUUGGACCGGAGCCUACAACCGAUCGAUUCAUUGCUGUUAUGUAUGAUGACAAAGAAGGAGUAGUACCAGGAAAUGCACUUGUGGUUGAUCCCAAUAAACAAUUUCGACCGCUUAGUAAAUAUGGCAAUGCGUUUUUGAAUCGUUUCCAAUGCUCAACUGUUGCUUCGCCUGUUCUAUCAGCAAUUUCAAUUGUUGACACACCAGGAAUAUUGUCGGGAGAAAAGCAGAGAGUUGAUCGAGGCUAUGAUUUUACAGGCGUUUUAGAAUGGUUUGCUGAACGUGUUGAUAGAAUAAUUCUUCUUUUUGAUGCACACAAACUCGAUAUUUCUGAUGAAUUUCGUCGUUCCAUCGAAGCUCUUCGAGGUCACGACGACAAAAUCAGAAUUGUACUGAAUAAAGCUGAUAUGGUUGACCAUCAGCAGUUAAUGAGAGUUUAUGGUGCUUUAAUGUGGAGCUUAGGGAAAGUUCUGCAAACCCCCGAAGUGGCUCGAGUUUAUAUUGGGUCAUUUUGGGAUCAGCCUUUACGUUACGAUGUUAAUCGUAGAUUAUUUGAAGAUGAAGAACAAGAUUUGUUCAGAGAUCUUCAAUCUUUGCCUCGCAAUGCAGCAUUAAGAAAACUUAACGAUUUAAUUAAACGUGCUCGACUAGCAAAAGUUCACGCUUACAUCAUUUCGGAAUUGAGAAAAGAUAUGCCAAGUGUAUUUGGCAAAGAUAGUAAGAAGAAAGAUUUGAUAAAGAAUAUCGGAACAAUUUAUGAUCGUCUUCAAAGAGAACAUCAAAUAUCGCCGGGGGAUUUUCCCGACAUUAAAAAAAUGCAAGAAGUUCUUCAAAAUCAUGAUUUUUCAAAGUUCCACUCACUCAAGCCUCAUUUGAUUGAGACAGUUGAUCGCAUGCUUGCAACUGACAUCGCUCGAUUAAUGAGUAUGAUUCCUCAAGAAGAAAGUGAAAUGGUCUCGGAGCCUAUGAUUAAAGGUGGCGCCUUUGAGGGAAUUGAAGAUCAUAUCUCGCCAUUUGGCUAUAAACGAGGCGAAGGUAUUGAUGCAGGUUCAGGUGAAGUUGAGUGGAUUUGUGGACGUGAUCGUGCGAGAACUGAUCCACUAUUUGAAUCAUUGAAUCCUAUCGAUGGGAAAAUUAGUGGUGCAGCCGCAAAAUCAGAACUCAUCAAAUCGAAGCUUCCAAAUUCGGUGCUAUCAAAAAUUUGGAAACUUUCCGAUGUUGAUUGUGACGGUUUCUUAGACAUGGAAGAGUUUGCACUUGCAAUGCAUUUGAUUAAUGUUAAGAUUGAUGGUAAUGAACUACCAAACAUCCUGCCCGAUCAUCUUGUUCCACCGUCGCACAAAAAUUAAUUGUGAUUUGACUGUAGUUAUCACGCAAUAUAAAACGGACAAAGUAUAAAAUCUUCUCGCUUAUCACUGUUAUUUAAUCUUCAUUAUUAUUAUAAUAAUAAAUAUUGUUUGGAUUAUGAAGGACUUUUAACAUUUGUGGUAGAUUUAAAGCUAAAAGCGUGAUCUAGAAUCGUGUUGUAACAUCUCAGUUUUUCUCAUCUUACUUUCAAACAAGUGUUGAAUGUCCCAUUUAUGAUAAAUGUAAUAAACAUUAAAUAUUUGUUUAAUUAUUAUCGAUCAGUUGCAAGCAAUGAUCAGGCACCAAUAUGUGUUUUUUUUUCUUUUACCUUUUUUCAUCACAUUCGUUUGAAUUAUUUAGUAAUUUUCUUCCUCUUUUUGUUUUAUUGAAAUCAUUUAUGAAUAAAUCCUAGAAAAAUUAUUAAUAUUAUUAAUUAAUUACCGUACAUAAAAUGAAUUAUAUUUGAAAUAGAUUUUUGAGAUAAAAAAUGUAUAUUUUUGACUUAAGCUUUAAAACCAAACUACGAAUAAACAUUUUCGAAACAAAAA